GCUAUUCUGCGUCCUUUCGGAGCCGAGCUUGGUUGCACUGCCAUAUUUUGAACUGUUUUUUUAUAAAACGUUCAAUUUAGAGUAAUCAACAACGAGUCGGCCAUGACUGCAAGUCACUGUUGAAAAUUGUUUAAUUUUUUUCAUGUAUUACUUAAAAAGGCAUAUCUAUCAUGAAAUUAAACUAUAUAAACAGCUCUAUUAGAAUAGUUUAAUGGAAGAGAAUAUUAUAUAAUAGAAAUAGGCAAAUUUUGAGAAUAAAAGAACUGUCAUCCUUAUUGGACAAUGAUUAUAUGUGUUACAAUGUUAUGACAAUUAUGUUUAAUUUCAUUUCUCUCUUUUUUCUAUUUAAGGUCAAAGAUAGUAGCCUAACGUUAAGACUUUCAAUAAGAGAAGGCAUAGAUCCUUGACGGUUUAAAGAAUAAAUUAGUUUGAUAAAUUAUUAAAGGAAAUCAGUUAAUAAUCUUAUUAAUUUGUUAGUCCUUGAGAGAUUUGUGAAAGAAUUCUAUUUGAUAAUCUUAACGAUAAGUAAUUGACCAUGGAUGAUUUCAAGCAGCUAGAAACGAUUUUAGAAGAUAUUGUUACUGUUAUGAACGGCAAUAAUUUCCUUCCCGAUUUAGAUACAUCGCUUUUUGGCUUAACGGAAGAAGAAUUGACGAGGGAUUAUCCCAACGAAAAGUUAAAAGUUGAUAGUGUACCGGAAAAGUCUUGUAAUAAUGAGAUAUCAUCAGAUUUGGAUCUUAUUUCGGACCUCGACUCUUUAACAGAUUUACUUUCAACCCCGAAAAACUUUAUGAAUCAGUUCUGUAGGACGGAAGCUGUUGAUCGACCGACUUCGCUACCAUUGUCACCUUUGGAUUGUCAAGCUCCGGUUGAUUAUUUCGCUCUGAGUCCAAUUAUGUCGGUGUCGGGGAACGAUUGCAGUAUGAAAGAAUUGGGAUCUGUUAAUAAUAAGAGGUCUUUGGACGAUUUAGCUGAAGAAUAUAAUGUCAAUAUUGCAAAGAAACCGUGUGUAAAUAACGUUGUUGUUGAUGUUCCUGUUAGUCGAGUUCAACCGUCCGUUAUUAGAACAGAGAAUCGUGAUCCAAUUCGAUUAUCUUGCAAGCCUAAAUUAACUAAUUCAUGCCAAAAUAAUUCUUAUGUUAGAAGUAUUUGUUCACCAUUCCAUGGUGAAUUGGCAAGGAAGAGAUUAAAAGAGUACUAUUUGUCGGAUGAGCCGAAAGCUACUAUUUCGCCCAUGUCCGAUAAACCAGUUGUUGAGAAGAGUCCUACCGUUGUUUUGCAAUAUCGUCCUAGUGACUUAAUUUCCGAUGGUCAGUCGCCACAGGCUAGUGAGCAACAAGAUGGUCAACCGAAAAAAACUAUAGGAGAGAAAUUUGCGACUAUUCGCGCGCUAUUAAGCCAACAGAGUUCAAAUAUCGUAGCUAGAGUAAUAGGAAAGCAAAAUACUUCUGUUGAUAGAUGUCAACCUGUUCAAAUUCAAGCUGAGGUAGCCGAAAAAAUUUUUAAGGAUCAAUCAGACAAUUUACAGGCCGAACUUGAGAGAACUGCAAAGAAAGCCGAAUCUGGAACUUUAGUUGAACCGGGUGAGAAUCUCAGCCAAAUACUUUCCGAUUCAACGGAAGUUCAAUUGGAGAUACCGCCGGAUUCGGAUGACGAUGAGUCUGUCAUCGUUCAAAUUAUUAUGGAGCCUAAUAAACCUCGAAUUGUAGGUAUUUCCCGAUGUAGAAAGAACGUACUGGUUAACACGAGGUUAACUCGUGAGCAGAUAAUGCAACGAUUCGAAACAUAUUUUGAAGGUCACCCACUACCGUUGAUACCCUAUGUUCCAACGUAUUCCGAGUGGGCGGCCUGGAAGAUGGGACAAUAUAAUUUACCAGAUUACAAGUGCGUUUGGAAACCAUUCACCACAAUGACCCGACAGCAUUUUGAACAAUUUCUAAAAUCGUCGGAGCUUGUUGAUGUAAGCGUUGAAAAAUAUAAUGAACGUCCCCCAAUUUCGAUUGUUCAAUAUUUACUCACGUUAGACAGGCGAAUUGCUAUGUUACAGACGGCAUUUUUGCAGUUAGAGGACGGCGAUGUAAAGAGUAUAAUUCCAGAAAUAAUAACAAAGGCUUACCAAGAGUAUUUGAACUGUAAGAGAAAAAAUUUUCCACCAGAGUUUAUUGAACGAAGUGUUUAAGAUGGAUGUAUACAAUUUAUUAUGCGAUUAAGAUUUACGAAAAAUGUUACAUCUUUUUGCUUUGCUUAUAUUUUUGAUUUUGGUUACGGUCAUACUCAUAUUUCGCGUUAUGAUUCAAUUUUCUGCUUAUUACGAAUUAAUUGGUGUAUUUUUUGUGUUUAUUCA